AUGUCUGGUACCAACGGAGUAGAUUCAUUUAUUGAAUACUCUUCGAAGUUAUUGCUGGCUUACCCUUCUACAACACUUUCUAUAACUUACGCGAACGUAGAGAAGAAUCAUAAGAACGCCAAACAAGUUGACACAGAGUCAAAGAGGGCUACCAACAAAGUUACAUUUAAGUGUUAUGAACCACAUUCUGGAAAAUGUGUUAAAUACUCAACCACAAAAGUCAAAGAGUUUUCUAGACUUAUGACUUUUGUGGGGCCACGAGGUGUUCUGGUAAGUAGACCUAAGAGAAAAUCUGAAGUACUUGAUACCGAGACUUCAGAAGAAACAUCAGACAAGAAAACGAAGACUGAUCUUGUCACUGAAAAUAGAGCUGGAUUGGCUAGUAUUAUGAGUAAUGUGAAGUUUGAGGAGGAGACUAUAGUGUCGAAAGUUGCCACUCCACAACCAGAAGAAAAGGAUGCCACUCCCGUAAAUACGGCAUCAAAGAAUAAGAAAAAGAAGAAGAAGGGUAAGAAAUAA